UUCCAAAAAAAGAGUGCAACACGCUCAAUCGUCCCUAUGCCUGGGUAUUCUACUAGAGCAUUUGAUUGAUCUCUUGUAACGUCUUUAUUAAAUUUAGUAUUUAAUUAUUUGACGGAAUUUUUUUGCCCCACUAAUAGUGAGUCCAGAUCCGUCCCUGCACACAACUAUAGUAAAAUCCUUAAUAAUUACUGUAACUUACAUAUAUAAAAAGAUUCUAUGGUGUAUUUUAUUCCCUAAACGGCACAAGAAAACAGCUGCAGAUAGCAGAAUCUUGAAAUCUCCAUACAUUAUACAUAUGUUGCAAAACAAAUCGGCAACAUAUAACAAAAAACCACUAUAAAUACAUCAUUCAUCACAUUUCAAAAAACACAAAUCUUCCAUUCUAUCAAAUCAUACACAAUGUCUUCUUCCACAACAUCAAAAAUGCUAACACUAAUCAUAUCUGCAUUUGCCAUUGUGCAAAUAACAUUAGCUGGUGAUCCGGACAUCCUCACUGACUUCAUAGCCCCAAAUGGAACCCAAGUUGAUGGCAACUUCUUCACAUACACCGGUUUCCGCGCCCUUACUGUACCAAACAUACAACCCUCAUUUUUCGUGGCAUUGAAAGCAAGCAAAAAAGAAUUUCCAGCUCUUGAUGGACAAAGUGUAUCAUAUGCUGCUCUAAUGUACCCACCUGGAACCAUCAAUCCACCACAUACACACCCUCGUUCAGCCGAGCUACUCUUCCUCGUUAAAGGUUCCCUUAAUGUUGGUUUUGUUGACACAACCAAUAAGCUAUUCACUCAGACACUACAACCUGGUGACAUGUUUGUGUUUCCAAAGGGACUUGUUCAUUUUCAAUUCAAUUCUAAUACUACAAAAUCUGCUUUAGCUUUUUCGGCCUUUGGUAGUGCUAAUGCUGGAACUAUUUCAAUUGCUAGCACAUUGUUUAACUCUACCAUUGAUGACAAUGUCUUGGCUCUGGCUUUCAAGACUGAUGUUGCAACCGUUCAAACUUUGAAGAAAGGAUUUUCUUCUUAAGGAUUAUGAUAAUGGCUUGAACAUGUGAACUUUCUUUCAAAUUUCAAUAUUAAUUAUUGCUUU